AUGUUUGGCAGCGUGUUUCUGGGAGAUCCACGACAACGAAUACUAGCCAGUACUUCUCCCCCAUCUUCUCCUCUUCCACAUGGACCUCCACACAUCUCUCCCGAAGUCGCUUUACAACUGCGCAUACGAUGGUUGGAGGCUCUUUUGCUUGGUGUCAACGAGGUAGAAGGGAAAUCAGUCAAUAAGAAGAGCUCAAAGACUGCUGGGGCUUCAUCUGGUGCCGUCACGCCUGUUUCCGCGACCCGACGAAAGCCAGUUUCUGGCGAAGAAGAGGCAGAUGAUGCCGAUAUGACAGAUGAAGAGGAACCUUAUAGCACGGAUGAGAAUACAUUGAUACGACAAGCAGAGGAAAUACAACGGAGGUUGGAUGCGAUUGUCGAAAAGUACGACGAUCUUGCAAUGUUCAUCCAAAGCUAUCUCGAUGCACUUCUCCAAGAGAUGGAACCAGAAAUACGCGAAGCAGACCGAUCAUUGGCCAGCAUCAUCCAGCUGGAGAAGCAAGGCGUGACCAGUGCAGGAAAACUUGAAGAGUAUGAACCCCUGUUACCACGACUGGCAGAGGUGGUGAAGAAGCACAAAGAAGAUACGAACAGAUUCGACGCACUCGAGUCGCGUCUUAUGGGUCUCUUGGAACGAUACAACGAGAGGGUGGGCAUCAUGAGCGAGCUCUUUGUGCAGUGGAACGAUACAAUCAGGGAUGCAGAGGCGGAUAUCGUCAAACUAGAAAAGGAGCUUGCGAAGCGGCAGGAGCAGGGACUCCAAUGA